UCAUGCCGCUGUCGCCUCCCUCUUUCCAAGGAAGCCCGGGACCUGAUGAGUCACACCAGAACAACACCCCGGUGAGGCCCGGUUGGAGGAGAGCCGUCAGGUGGGGCCUCCCUCUGGCACCGUGAUGGCUGUCAGGCAUGGGAGGCACAGUUGAGGAGGACGAGGGAGAGUUUCUAAAGACACAGAGCGAAAGCCAUGGGGAUGCUGCCGAUGGCAUCUGUUUUAAUUCCAGCCCAGUCUAGCCAGGUUGGGGGCGAAGGGACACAGGACUCUCCUAAGCUGCCUUGGAGCACAUUCUUAAUCCUUGGCUUGAGUGUUUCCACUCCUGCUGCCUCAUUGCCCAGAGUUCUGUCUGGACUUGUCCGAGGAAGUUGUCAGACACUCCAUCCAGCUGGAGAAAAGAUCCCUCUGCUAGACAGCCUGCUGCCCACUGCUGCCGCCACUGCCACCGCUGUCCCUCCCUCUCCAUAGAAGUCAGGAGCAGCGCUGGCAGAGUGAUGGGACAGGCUCCGCUCUCUACCCUCUGCCGAGGAGUCUAGAGAAGCUCUCGCAGGAACACCACCUUGCCCCUCUGGGCAGCUUCCUUGGAAUAAGGAGGAAAAGCUGUGCAGCCUGGGGCUUGGGAGGGCAGAGAGGGAGGAAAGAAGUCGGGGCAGGGGACUGAUGAGGCUGGGACAGGCAGCCUGAGGUCGGCCACACGGAGCCUUAAACAAUCACAAGGCCCCGGCAGUGGCUACAAGAGGACGAGGUCAAGGGGCAGCGAGAGGCACUGUGAUUCAGGAUGACCAGCUCUCCUCCUUCCCUACAGGGGACAGAGCAUGAAAGAGGAAGGAAGCCAGCAGUAACCAUGUAAGGGCCAAGCCAGGAAGGCGGAGUACGCGAGCGCUCACAGGCUCUGUCUCCUGGUCCCCGCCCGGCUCAGAAUGGAACAGAGGAGGCCCUGGCCGCGGGCUGCAGAGGUGGACGGCUGGCCUGUGGUCCUGCUCUCCGCCGUCUGCGUGCUGCUGGCACCCCCGGCGGCCGGCAUGCCCCAGUUCAGCACCUUCCACUCCGAGAACCGGGACUGGACCUUCAACCAUUUGACGGUGCACCGCGGGACGGGGGCAGUGUACGUGGGGGCCAUCAACCGCGUGUACAAGCUGACGGGCAACCUGACCAUCCAGGUGGCUCACAAGACGGGGCCGGAGGAGGACAACAAGUCCUGCUACCCGCCGCUCAUCGUUCAGCCCUGCAGCGAGGUGCUCACGCUUACCAACAACGUCAACAAGCUGCUCAUCAUCGACUACUCCGAGAACCGGCUGCUGGCCUGCGGCAGCCUGUACCAAGGGGUCUGCAAGCUGCUGCGGCUGGACGACCUCUUCAUCCUGGUGGAGCCGUCCCACAAGAAGGAGCACUACCUGUCCAGCGUCAACAAGACGGGGACGAUGUACGGGGUGAUCGUGCGCUCCGAGGGCGAGGACGGCAAGCUCUUCAUCGGCACUGCUGUGGACGGCAAGCAGGACUAUUUUCCCACCCUGUCCAGCCGCAAGCUGCCCCGCGACCCCGAGUCCUCCGCCAUGCUCGACUACGAGCUCCACAGCGACUUCGUCUCCUCACUCAUCAAGAUCCCGUCCGACACCCUGGCCCUGGUCGCCCACUUUGACAUCUUCUACAUCUACGGCUUCGCCAGCGGGGGCUUCGUCUACUUCCUCACCGUCCAGCCUGAGACCCCCGAGGGCGUGGCCAUCAACUCGGCCGGAGACCUCUUCUACACCUCGCGCAUCGUGAGGCUCUGCAAGGACGACCCCAAGUUCCACUCCUACGUGUCCCUGCCCUUCGGCUGCACGCGGGCCGGGGUGGAAUAUCGCCUCCUGCAGGCUGCUUACCUCGCCAAGCCCGGGGACUCGCUGGCCCAGGCCUUCAACAUCAGCGGCCAGGACGACGUGCUCUUCGCCAUCUUCUCCAAAGGGCAGAAGCAGUAUCACCACCCGCCGGAUGACUCCGCCCUCUGUGCCUUCCCCAUCCGGGCCAUCAACUUGCAGAUCAAAGAGCGCUUGCAGUCCUGCUACCAGGGCGAGGGCAACCUGGAGCUCAACUGGCUGCUGGGGAAGGACGUGCAGUGCACCAAGGCGCCGGUGCCCAUCGAUGACAACUUCUGUGGACUGGACAUCAACCAGCCACUUGGAGGCUCAAUUCCAGUGGAGGGCCUGACCCUGUACACCACCAGCCGGGACCGCAUGACCUCGGUGGCGUCCUAUGUUUACAACGGCUACAGCGUGGUGUUUGUGGGUACAAAGAGCGGCAAGCUGAAAAAGAUUCGAGCCGAUGGUCCCCCCCAUGGUGGGGUCCAAUAUGAGAUGGUCUCCGUGCUCAAAGAUGGGAGCCCCAUCCUCCGGGACAUGGCCUUCUCCAUUGAUCAGCGCUACCUAUACAUUAUGUCUGAGAGACAAAUCACCAGGGUCCCUGUGGAAUCCUGUGAACAGUACACGACUUGUGGGGAGUGCCUGAGCUCGGGGGACCCUCACUGUGGCUGGUGUGCCCUGCACAACAUGUGCUCCCGCAGGGACAAGUGUCAGCGGGCCUGGGAACCUAAUCGAUUUGCUGCCAGCAUCAGCCAGUGCAUGAACCUCGAGGUGCAUCCCAGCAGCAUCUCAGUGUCUGAGCACAGCCGGCUGCUCAGCCUGGUCGUGAGUGAUGCUCCUGAUCUGUCUGCGGGCAUCUCCUGUGCCUUUGGGAACCUGACAGAGGUAGAGGGACAGGUAUCUGGGAGCCAGGUCAUCUGUAUCUCACCAGGGCCCAAGGUUGUCCCUGUCAUCCCUCUGGAUCAAGACUGGUUUGGGCUAGAGCUGCAGCUGAGAUCCAAGGAGACAGGAAAGAUAUUCGUCGGCACCGAGUUCAAGUUCUACAACUGCAGCACCCACCAACUGUGCCUGUCUUGUGUCAACAGCGCCUUCCGCUGCCAUUGGUGCAAAUACCGAAACCUCUGCACUCAUGACCCCACCACCUGCUCCUUCCAGGAGGGCCGGAUCAACAUUUCAGAGGACAGGAACUGUGUGCAUGCAUGGGUGUGUACUCACAGAAUCAAACAGCUUGGAAGUGGCCUUAUUGUAGCUAAUGAAACCCAUCACCUUCCUAAAGCCCCAGAGGACUGUCCCCAGCUGGUGCCCACGGAGGAGAUCCUGAUACCCGUCGGGGAAGUAAAACCAAUCACCCUCAAGGCUCGAAACCUGCCCCAGCCUCAGUCCGGCCAGCGAGGCUAUGAGUGCGUCCUCAACAUACAGGGAGCCGUCCACCGGGUCCCCGCCCUGCGCUUCAACAGCUCCAGCGUCCAGUGCCAGAACAGCUCGUACCAGUACGACGGGAUGGACAUGAGCAACCUGGCCGUGGACUUUGCCGUGGUGUGGAACGGCAAUUUCAUCAUUGACAACCCUCAGGACCUGAAAGUCCACCUCUACAAGUGUGCAGCCCAGCGGGAGAGCUGUGGCCUCUGCCUCAAGGCCGACCGGAAGUUCGAGUGUGGCUGGUGCAGCGGUGAGCGCAGGUGCACCCUCCAGCAGCACUGUAGCAGCCCCUCCAGCCCCUGGCUUGACUGGUCCAGCCACAAUGUUAAGUGCUCCAACCCCCAAAUCACCGAGAUUUUGACGGUGUCCGGACCCCCUGAAGGAGGGACCCGAGUGACUAUCCAUGGCGUGAACCUGGGCCUGGACUUCUCCGAGAUCGCCCACCACGUGCAGGUGGCUGGGGUGCCCUGCACGCCCCUGCCGGGGGAUUAUAUCAUCGCUGAGCAGAUCGUUUGUGAGAUGGGCCAUGCCCUUGUGGGGACCACCUCUGGGCCCGUGCGCCUGUGCAUUGGCGAGUGUAAGCCAGAGUUCAUGACCAAAUCCCAUCAACAGUACACGUUUGUGAACCCUUCCGUGUUGUCACUCAGCCCCAUCCGAGGGCCAGAGUCCGGAGGCACCAUGGUGACCAUCACGGGCCAUUACCUCGGGGCUGGGAGCAGCGUGGCUGUUUACCUGGGCAACCAGACCUGCGAGUUCUAUGGGCGAUCAAUGAAUGAGAUCGUGUGUGUCUCGCCCCCGUCAUCCAAUGGGCUGGGGCCCGUCCCUGUCUCUGUGAGUGUCGACCGAGCCCGUGUGGACAACAACCUGCAGUUCGAGUACAUAGAUGACCCCCGGGUGCAGCGCAUCGAGCCCGAGUGGAGUAUCGCCAGCGGCCACACACCCCUGACCGUCACAGGCUUCAACCUGGAUGUCAUUCAGGAGCCAAGGAUCCGAGUCAAGUUUAAUGGCAAAGAAUCUGUCAAUGUGUGCAAGGUUGUGAACACCACCACCCUGACCUGCCUGGCACCCUCCCUGACCACAGACCACCGGCCCGGCCUGGACACCGUGGAACGGCCGGACGAGUUUGGAUUCGUCUUUAACAAUGUCCAGUCCUUGCUGAUUUACAACGACACCAAGUUCAUCUACUACCCCAACCCGACCUUUGAACUGCUCAGCCCCACUGGGGUCUUGGAUCAAAAGCCGGGAUCCCCCAUCAUUCUGAAGGGCAAAAACCUCUGCCCUCCUGCUUCUGGAGGUGCCAAACUCAACUACACUGUGCUGAUUGGAGAGACCCCAUGCACUGUCACUGUGUCCGAGACACAACUGCUCUGCGAGCCUCCCAACCUCACUGGGCAGCACAAGGUCAUGGUCCACGUGGGUGGCAUGGUAUUCUCGCCCGGCUCGGUGAGUGUCAUCUCAGAUAGCUUGCUGACCCUGCCAGCCAUCGUCAGCAUCGCGGCAGGCGGCAGCCUACUGCUCAUCAUCGUCAUCAUUGUGCUCAUCGCCUACAAGCGCAAGUCUCGAGAAAAUGACCUCACUCUCAAGCGGCUCCAAAUGCAGAUGGACAACCUGGAGUCCCGUGUGGCCCUGGAGUGUAAGGAAGCUUUUGCCGAGCUCCAGACAGACAUCAACGAGCUGACCAGUGACCUGGACCGCUCAGGAAUCCCCUACCUGGACUAUCGGACCUAUGCUAUGCGAGUCCUGUUCCCCGGCAUUGAGGACCAUCCCGUCCUGCGUGAGCUGGAGGUGCAGGGCAACGGGCAGCAGCACGUGGAGAAGGCCCUGAAGCUCUUCGCCCAGCUCAUCAACAACAAGGUGUUCCUGCUGACCUUCAUCCGCACCCUGGAGCUGCAGCGCAGCUUCUCCAUGCGGGACCGCGGCAACGUGGCCUCACUCAUCAUGACCGGCCUGCAGGGCCGCCUGGAGUACGCCACCGACGUCCUCAAGCAGCUGCUCUCCGACCUCAUCGAUAAGAACCUGGAGAACAAGAACCACCCCAAGCUGCUUCUCCGGAGGACAGAGUCCGUGGCUGAGAAGAUGCUGACCAAUUGGUUUGCCUUCCUCCUGCACAAGUUCCUGAAGGAGUGUGCGGGGGAGCCGCUCUUCAUGCUGUACUGCGCCAUCAAGCAGCAGAUGGAGAAGGGCCCCAUCGAUGCCAUCACGGGCGAGGCCCGCUACUCCCUGAGCGAGGACAAGCUCAUCCGGCAGCAGAUCGACUACAAGACCCUGAUCCUGAACUGCGUCAACCCUGACAACGAGAACAGUCCGGAGAUCCCAGUGAAGGUGUUGAACUGUGACACCAUCACGCAGGUCAAAGAGAAGAUUCUCGAUGCCGUGUACAAGAACGUGCCCUACUCCCAGCGGCCGAGGGCUGUUGACAUGGACUUGGAGUGGCGUCAAGGCCGGAUUGCCCGGGUCGUGCUGCAGGACGAGGACAUCACCACCAAGAUCGAGGGUGACUGGAAGCGGCUCAACACGCUGAUGCACUAUCAGGUAUCAGACAGAUCGGUGGUGGCUCUGGUCCCCAAACAGACCUCCUCCUACAACAUCCCUGCCUCUGCCAGCAUCUCCCGGACGUCCAUCAGCAGAUACGACUCCUCCUUCAGGUACACAGGCAGUCCCGACAGCCUGCGGUCUCGGGCCCCCAUGAUCACCCCAGACCUGGAGAGUGGGGUCAAGGUGUGGCAUCUGGUGAAGAACCACGACCAUGGGGACCAGAAGGAGGGUGACCGGGGCAGCAAAAUGGUGUCCGAGAUCUACCUGACCCGGCUAUUGGCCACCAAGGGCACGCUGCAGAAGUUCGUGGAUGACUUGUUUGAGACCUUGUUCAGCACCGUGCACCGGGGCAGCGCUCUCCCCCUGGCCAUCAAGUACAUGUUCGAUUUCCUGGAUGAGCAGGCGGACAGACACAGCAUCCACGACACAGAUGUGCGGCACACCUGGAAGAGCAACUGCCUCCCUCUGCGCUUCUGGGUGAACGUGAUCAAGAACCCCCAGUUUGUCUUUGACAUCCACAAGGGCAGCAUCACGGACGCCUGCCUCUCUGUGGUGGCCCAGACCUUCAUGGACUCUUGCUCAACAUCAGAGCACCGGCUGGGCAAGGACUCCCCUUCCAACAAGCUGCUCUAUGCCAAGGACAUCCCCAGCUACAAGAGCUGGGUGGAAAGAUACUACGCAGACAUCGCCAAGCUCCCCGCCAUCAGUGACCAGGACAUGAACGCCUACCUCGCCGAGCAAUCCCGCCUGCACGCCGUGGAGUUCAACAUGCUGAGCGCCCUCAAUGAGAUCUACUCCUACGUCAGCAAGUACAGCGAAGAGCUCAUUGGGGCACUCCAGCAGGACGAGCAGGCCCGGCGACAGCGGCUGGCAUACAAGGUGGAACAGCUCAUAAACGCCAUGUCCAUUGAGAGCUGAGCGAUGGAGUCUCUUGUUCCUGGGAAGAGGGACCCGUGAAAGCUGUCACACUGGGCAUCUCAGAAGGAAGGACAAGUGAAGGGGAUCAGGCCCCAGCGCUUGCUGUCCCCUGAGACCCCCUCCCGGGGAGAGGGGAGGACCCCUCUCCCCACGCCAGCCAAGUUCCGUCACAGCCUGUUCCUGCAGGGAGAGACCGGGGGUGUCAUCCGCCCCAUCUCCCCGCGGCGAGGACGAGAGGGACGCCAGGACCCAGAGGAGGUGGCUCUUUAAGCUGAGAGGCACGACUGAGCGCGGCUCUGCCUCUGUGACUGCUGCUUUGCAUGAAAACUCGUUCAGUGUAUAUUGGGGAAAUAAUGAGAACUUUAUUUAAUUUUUUUUAAGAAAAAGGAAAACCAGAAAUAAAACAAAACAAAAAGCUUCCCUGUUCAUCCCGUCCAACUUUCGUUUAAUUCUGAUUUCUGUCCCCCUUCCUUCUUUGGCCCCUGUCCCUCCUUCCUCGUAUAACUCCUGGUUCCCAAUGCCGGAAAAAGCCUACAGAGAGAUGCUGAGAGAAAGCAGAGGGAAAAAUGAUUGUUUCCUUAACUUCGGAAUUGUUGUUUUAAAAAAGUGAGGAGGAGAAGAAUGAGCACAAGUUGGCACCAAACACUUCGCAAAAAGAGAGGCCAGUGAAACCUGAAAUUAUCCCGGCAGCCGUAAGAGGUGGGGAAGGACUCACUAGCCUUUGCACAAAUGGCGAAGCCGUCGAGCGGCUCCACCUGGCUGACUGGAAACAGCUUUACAUACGCACACCUGUGUAUUCUCAUCUCCAGAGGACAUAUGUGUCUGUAGAGUACCAGUGCUUUUUGCUACUGUUCGGUGGUUUUGUUUUAUUUAAUCCCAAACCUCCACAAAUGAGGAGCUGAUUUUGGUACUUUUCCUUUGGGUUUCCCUAAAGUUACUACCAGAAGUGGGGCAGAGGUGGGCCUCUCCGAGACCAGAGGCCUGGCCUCCCCGAGGAUGCUGGGCAGCUCUGCCUUACAUCCGUCGCUGUCAUAAACCAGGCACCCUGGGGAAAGGCCUUGGAGGCGCGUGGGCCAGGCCUCCAGGAGAUUCCGUUUGAGAGCUGACCUGGGGAUGUGGGUGUUUGGCUUCGGAUUCUGCUCCAAUCCGCCAGUGGUUUCUUGCAAUUAAGAAGAAAACAAAACUCAAACACUGUUUACAGCAAGCAAUACUUGAAGAGCAUAGGUUCGAGAAGCUGCAGUAUUUAUUGUUGUGCUUUCUGUCUUUUAUUCUCUCAUGCCUAGAGAGGGGAGACAGCCCUUCGCUCAUAUGCGGAAGCUCCUGAUCGUCUGUCUGAGCACUGGCCUCGGUAGAGAUGACUGUAGCAUCCCCAUGUUAUGUCUUCUUCGGCCUCUCUUUCUGUCUCUCAUGUCCUUAUGAGUUUGAAGGACAAGUGGGCAGCUUCUCUCUCUCCUGCUGACACCUAAAUCCGUGGAUGACCCUCCGUCCUGAGUGUAGUUUCCAAAUAAAGAGACCAAAGUUCCACACCCUGGUCCUGAGGCCCCAUGGAAGGCAGUGGGAGGCAUCUAGAGGAAGACACCUCCGCUGGUGCAGGACCCUAGUGACCAGACAGCCACCGGCGUUUCUGGGCCUCCCACCCUGGCAAGAAUCCAGCCAGCUCCAACUUCUCCGCAGGCAGCGUCGGAGUGAGCGUGAAGGAGGACAAGAGAAAGGCAAAGGGGUGGGAAGGGAGGCAGCAGGAGAGGACCAGCCCACCCUUCCCACCUUCUACUUUACAAGGGGCUGCAAUGCUGGGAAUCGGGUCCAGCCACCCCCAGCGAUACCAGACCAGGGUCAUUUCCUCUGUAAUUAACUCUGGGCCCUGGCUUCUCUGUGCCCUGAUUUACCUCCAAACACUUCCAAUUUCCAAAAGCUCUGCUGACCACAUUGGAUUGCCAGGAAAGGGCCGGGGGGAGGGGUAGCUCUGAGGGCUGGCUUCCAUCGCUGGGGUGUGGCUUUGCAUCACUGUGCUAACCACACAGCAGACGUUGCCCGGUCCUGGCCUCAGCUCCAGUUUCUUGCCUGAAUGCAGCCGACAAAUGGGAGAAGAAAAGCAUUCAGCAAAAUACUCAGGAAACUCGCUGUUUUCAUUAUAAUUCACAACCAGCCAUGUGAAGGCCACUUUCUUCUGAUAAUCCACUUCUGUUAACGUGUCUCUGGGCCCUAUUAAUAGCCUGAAAGAAAUACUAAUGACUGGCCUUCUGCACUAAGCCAAAGUGUUUGCCCUUCAUAUACCCAAAGCUUACCAGCUCAGAGCCCAUGAUUUAUGGAGAUGAAAGGCGAGGAGAUAACGGCAAGAGGAACGUGAGCAGGGGACUCUGUGCUGCCCACAGAAAAGUGCAGCCCACCCUCCUUUUACUUCCGAGCUCUGAAUGAAGGUUUUCUGAUCACACCACUGCUCAGACUGGCAUCCUGGGCUCUGCCCCACCAAGAAGUAAAAGUUAGACAUCUCAACUGCGACCUGUAGGCAUCUACCCGGGUGUCUCCCAGCAGCUACUUUUGGUGACCAUUCACCACCCCUGGGGAUGCUUCCUUGAAGGUUUUGGAGGAGUGGGAGAAUGAUGGAGGCAUGGCUGCUUGGACAGUGGAGAGGAGAGGCGCCAGAGCUGGCCUGAGAAGCUUGACCACAUUUCUCAGGAUUCCAUGAGAGAGCUGGGGAAUGUGGGCUGGCAAAGGUUGUGGCACAGGGGCAUCCCUAAGGAAGGAAUUAAGAGAAAGGAAAACUCGACUGGACUCAAGUCAGACCAUGAGGGUGAAAGGAUGGAGAGCAUUGCUUGGCUUUGGGUCACCGAGAGUGCAUGCCCUGUGGGAAGGGAGGGGAGGGAGUUAAUUGGCCUCUGUCCUCACUGUUAUCCAAUGUGAUGUGAAGAUAUUUUGACCUUGUGUAAGGGAUAAGUAUUAAAGUCACGUUCCCUCCCCCACAUGAAGUCAUCCGUCUUGGAGGGAGGCAGAGAGGGACUUCUCUCUCUCGAAGGUUGAUCCAGCUCCAUUUUGUUUCACUGGUCUGCACAAGAGACAAUCUUCUGGAAAACGGAAAGGAAAAGCACCCCAGAAAUGUGCUUGGCAAGACAGAGGGUGCUCACACACAAGACAGAGAUGGACAAGCUGUCCAUCUUGGUGGAGUGAGUCCCUCCAGCUGGCCUGCUGCUGCCUACCGCCCAGCAAGGGCUCAGGUGCUUCUGUGCUUGCCCUCCUACAGCUCUCCACAGCCCAUCUCUCAGAACCAUUCCUGAUCCACUACUGGCAGAGAGCUCCCCCUCCUUGAAACGUUCAGUCAUUAGAAGCACGGAUCCACUGGGAACCUCACUCGCGGGAGGGAGCUGUUUUCUGUAUUCAUUCAUUCAGAGAACAUUCCUGCGUAACACUGUUUGCUAGGCCCUGCUCCAGGUGCUAAGAAACAGCAACAAACAAGACCAAGAAGGGCCUUCUUCUAGCAAACUGACGUUCUUCGGGCUGCUGGUUCCUGCCACCAACUUAGCCCGCAUAGCUCACCUCCCAGACCUGCAGAGGGCACAAGUUUUGUAGAAAAGGGAGCCAGAGGAAGCAAGAAAGCCGACCAACCCAGCUGCCUUACCUCGUUCUGGGGACAGUCCCGAGAGCCAUGAGAGCCCUUCUCAUUCCCACUGCCGCUGUCUCUUCUGGGGGUACUUCCUCUGCUGCUUGAGCUCCUGGCCUCCCUUUAUUUCUACCAAACGAGGACAAGAAAUAGCAGUGGAGGCCCCUGGCCCUGCUGAGCAUGAAGCAGAAGCGACGGAUGGGUGAGCUGGACUACAAUGGUCUGGGCAGCACAAAUUGAGAGUGUUUGAAAGCCACUGGCUGAUCAGUCCCCAGGUGCAUCCCAGUUGCCACACUGCCCCCAUUACCCUGCAGCCAGUAGAUACUGAGCGGGCAGCUGCCCUCGAGGAGGCCACUGUUCCCAGCCACGCUGUCCUGCCUGAGGUUCCUGGGCCCUGGCCGCGGGCAGGAAAGAACUGAGCCUCAGUGAUGGGGGCUCUGUGGGUGAGAAAAUGCAGAGGAGUUUAGUGGACACAGGGCUGUGGGAGCAGGUCCUCUGGGGGGACUUGGGAGGUGAAGUUCAGGGCCUUCUGGUGCCUUGUCUCAGGAACACGCUUUGAGAAGAUGGCGGCCUCCUCUUCAUCACCCCAGUCUCUGUUCCCUGUCCCUUUCCUUUCUUCUGGUUUCCCCAAGAGUGAAGUUUUAGCAUCUGGGGGCUCCGUGAUGCCAGGGAUAAAAAAUAAAGUUUCACCCUCGGUAUUAGGGAGGACCUGGGGGCCAGGGCCUCAGCCCUGUCAGCAAACUGGAGAUUCUGGGCCUUUCAUGGACAUGCCCAUCGCAUUCCCCUCACCCUAAAGGGACUCGGCCCUCUAUCCUUUCUGCAGUGCAGCCUGUGCCUCCUGUCCUCACCUCAAGGAGAUGGGAGGCAUCGUCUGGAUUUCAGUCAAGGCCCUGACUCAGGCCUCAUGUGCUCUCUGCGUUGGCAUUACAGGUGGAGAACAUAAUGGAACAUAGUUCCCCCUACAGAGCAGAUGUUCCCAAGUGUGUCAGGGAGGGAGGGACAAGCUCUUUGUACCACGAGACUAAGGACCUGAGCCCACCUGCCUCUCCCCUCAACUUCUCCUACCCAAACCCACUCUUCUUGACACACUGGAAUCUGUAUUAUAUAUUUUUUUAAGAAAAUAGAAUGAUAGCUGUCCAGUUUUGUUGUUUUUACAGGUGUUGUGGAAUAAAAACUGUAAGAAAAUUACGUAUUUAAAAUGUUCCAAUAAACUGGGGUUUUUUUGUCAUUCUAAUAUAUUACUGUGUACCUAUUGUAAAUAUGAAACACUCCUAUUUUGCAAGCCAAGGACACAAUUUGUACUGUUGUUAUAUAUAAAUAAAGUUUACUGGAUUAAAAAAACCUUAAAUCUUCAAAUAAA